UUUAACAUGUUUGCGUCAUUGAGGUAAUUAAUAAGAGCGGUCUAAUUUUUUGAGUUAAUUUUUCAAUUUCUCAUUCAGUACUGUAAAAAAUUAAUCAGUUUUUAUCAUUCUUUAAUCGUAUCAUUAAUAAUAAACUAAUUACUAUGAAGUAACAUUUAUUUUUUUGAAUUAACACACUUAAUUUUUCAUGAUUUUAGUGGUAUAAAUGGUACUCAAAAUUUUAAGAAUAUGCCGUGGUGUGCAGUAGAGGGUUGUAGAAAUAAUUUAAAAGCCACAAAGAGAGCAGGUAAAAAUGUAUCAUAUCAUAUUUUCCCCAAGAAUCCUCAAAGGCGUAAUGCUUGGUUACAAGUCAUUAAGAGAACAACAAAAUUUAAUGUGAAUUCUUCUUAUGUUUGUUCUGAGCAUUUUGUUCCUGAUGAUUUUGAGUGUAAUAGUUUAAAAGAAGAAUUACUAAACAUUAAAAUUAAAAAACAACUUAAGAAAACUGCCAUUCCAUCAAUAAAUAUUAAUUAUUCAACACCAAAACUCGUAACCAUUGAUAAUGAAAACUCCACUUUUUUAGUUGAUAAAUCAAAGAAUGAUAUUUUUAUGUCUGAGACUAUUUCUGAUAUCUAUAAUGUGAAGUGUUGUGUAUCUAACUGUAAUAGUAUUUAUGAUGCUGAGGUACUAGAAUAUAAUGAAAAUAUUUUGUUCCAUAGUUUUCCCAAUGAGACUGAAGUUUCAGAAAAAUGGUUAUCUUUUUGCAAUCUUCCUAAACAAUUUUUAUUAGAUAAUCCGAAUGCUAAAAUAUGCUCAAAGCACUUUGAAACUAAUGAUUAUUCAGACAACAAUAGUGAAUUGAUAUAUCCAGCGAACAGAUUAUUGAAAAAGUUUGCUAUUCCUUCUUUAGUAAAUGAAAAACAAAAAUCUGUCAGUACAAAAAAUGAACAAGAUUUGAGAUUGGAAAGAAAAAAAAUUGUUGAUAAACUUUUGGCUGACUAUGAUGAACAAAAAAAUAUAACUAAAAUAGAUAACAGUUUAUAUUCUAAAUAUGCAGACUACUUUUCAACUAAUAUCAUCCCUAAUGCUAAGCUUGGUGAUAAAUUAAAAUUAAUAAAAGCUAAAGAUCAAUCAGGAACUUGUUAUACUUCCUGUAGAAAAAGAAAAAAGUUCAAGGAACCUAUCAAUAUUAAUUUAACCAAUACACAACUUCCUAAUGUUGUUAUUCAGAGUCCUAAAUUAAAUAAUGAACAUGUUAUUCAUGUAUCAACUGUUCAAGGAGGACUUAUGCUACAAGCAAUACCUCAACCUGAACCAGUCAUAAAACAAGCUAAAAUAUCACAUCAACUUGAAAAAGAUUUGCCAGAAUUAGAGGAAGAAAUUAUUAUUGUAACAGAAGAUGAAGCUAAUAGAGUGGAUCUAUCUUCAUAUUCCCAACUGCACAAAGAAAACAGUGCUGAAGUAGUUAUAGUUACCGAUUUAAAAGACACAGAUAAUAUACCUAAAACAUCUGUGAUAAGUCAAAAUUAUAAUAAUGCAUAUAUUCAAAAUGCACUACCCAAACCAAUCAAAGAAUUAAUCAACCCACUUCCUCAGACACAAGUGUCAUUUCAACAAGAAAAAUGCUGCCAGGUACUCAUUCCAUGCAAAGGUUGUGAACAAAGAAGUUUUAAAAUUAAUAAGUUAUUAAGAGAAAGAGCAAAAAUGUUAAAAGAUUUAAAUCAAAGUAGUACUUGGAAAGAUCCUGAUGAAAUUGAAAACUUAAAAAAAAUGAAUGGUGUUUUAUCAAUUUUAUUAAUGCAAAGUCUCGGUGAUAAAAUUAAUAAAAAAUCUUCAGCUAUAAGAGUGGACUUAGUACAAGAUACUAUUGAAAGAGUUGACCGGGGUUGGUCUAUGCAAGAUACCUCUGAAAUUUUAAGUCAACUCAUGAGUGCCAAUGCUUAUGAUGAAUUUGCUAGAGCUUUUGAAUUUAUUAAUGAAGUUUGAAAAAGUUAAAUAAAAUUCAUCCUUAUUAUGCAUUUAUUUUACUGUCAUUUUAUUUAUUUAUACAUUUUUUUUUUUUUUUUUUUUGUAGCCACAAAUUUAUUUAUUGUUAAAAAAGACAAUUAAAAAGUCAUUUUUUUAUGGAUAAAAAUUAUUUUUAGACAUGAAUUAUUUAUUUUCUACUUAACUGUAAGACUGGUUAUAUUUUCUUUAAUCACAUUUUAACUUAUUUUUUGUAGCUUAUUUAUAUAUUAUUCUAUAUUUGUAAAGAAGUUAAAACAA